CUCGACGCGGGGGUGCGGACCUGGUCCCGUCUGCGCCCCCCAACACCCCCGGAAGGAGUGCGGUCCUCCGAGGCCCCGCCGCCGGCCAUGGCCUUCACUUUCGCCGCUUUCUGCUACAUGCUGUCCCUGGUGCUGUGCGCCGCGCUCAUCUUCUUCGCCAUCUGGCACAUAAUUGCCUUCGAUGAGUUAAGGACAGAUUUUAAGAGCCCCAUAGACCAGUGCAACCCUGUUCACGCGAGGGAACGGCUGAGGAACAUUGAACGCAUCUGCUUCCUCCUGAGAAAGCUGGUGCUGCCCGAAUACUCCAUCCACAGCCUCUUCUGUAUCAUGUUCCUGUGUGCGCAGGAGUGGCUCACGCUGGGGCUGAACGUCCCCCUGCUUUUCUAUCACUUCUGGAGGUACUUUCACUGUCCGGCAGACAGUUCCGAGCUGGCCUACGACCCGCCCGCGGUCAUGAACGCAGACACCCUGAGUUACUGUCAGAAGGAGGCCUGGUGCAAGCUGGCGUUCUACCUGCUGUCCUUCUUCUAUUACCUCUACUGCAUGAUCUACACUCUAGUGAGCUCUUAACCCGGGCCGCACAGGUCAUCAGAGACGGGGACGGGAGAGGCUCGAGGUGGAGUCCUCGCGACUGGCUGGCGGUUGGAGAAGGGCCCGGACUGGGGUGCGUGAGAGACACCUGCGGACGGCGGAUUCCUGCGGCAGCGGGGACCGAGGUCACGGAGCGUGGGGGUCGCUGCCCAGCCCGCACCCAGGUGGCGAUCCCGUCUGGGCCACGGGACCUCUCCUGAGCAAGGACUGUUGCUGCCUGAGUGACCCCCGCCCCUCUGAGCACCCCGUGCGGUCCACAGUGAGCCCGGGACCGCGGGCGGGGGGGGGGGGGCACGGCUGGCAGGCCACAAACUGCCUGCCCAGGAACAGAAUGACCCAGGACCUGCUGAGGCCUCCAGGGUGUCGCGGGCUACCGGAGCCCUCUGUGUGUCCUCGGAGCCCCGCCGCGCCCUGGGCUCCGUGGGAGGGUCCGCGGGGGCACGGAUUCGCCAUUGGCUCCCACCGGCCCCGAGCCCGCGGGCGGCCUGUUUUCGCGCUCUGCUUUGUGGGAGUCGGCCCGGCGACACUGGGAGCUGGGGCUCGGGCUGCUGGCCAUGAAUUAUGUCCAAAGUCACAGGGGAGGCGGGAAUCGGAGGGAAAAAUGAUUUUUUAAAGGAUUUUCACGUUCAAAGUGUUCUUUGCCACCACAAACUGUGUUCUCCCGCUGUCGGUCCAAAACCGUCGCAGAAUCAACGAAGGCAAAUCGACCGAUCCACGUCGUCAACGCCUGUCUUCUCUUAAGGACCCCAAACAGCGGCGCCCGGGAAACGCCCUGCACCUGCUCUGUGCUGUGUGCAUCGGGCGGCCAGGAGGCGAGACGGCGCAAUUACAGCCUCCUUUUGUGAUGCUACGUCAUUCGUUCUGUUAGUGCCACUCGAGGACUUUAGCUUAUUUAGAAUUUUCCCUCUGACGUCCUCUCCUGUUUGGGUAGGAGGUGUCCUUGGGGUUGUAAAUAAUGACAAGGCUGAGGUUUUUAUGUUUAAAUUGGGCACGAUGAUUUCUACCUUAUUCCCCACACUUCCCUCUCUUCUGUGUGACACACACACAGGCUAUUUAUACACGUGCGCGGCUCCCGUUGGAAUCGGUGACUCAGGUUUGUGAAUGGUGUCUGUGCCGCGCGUCGUGAGCUAUGUUUAAAACGCAGUGACAGCUUGUGCGCCACACCUACCCGGCCGCCUCAUUUAAACCCCUCGCAGGCUGGCUGCCUCUCCGUACGGGCGGUAAACUGGUAGGUAGGGAGGAAAAGUUUCAAAAAGCUGUUCUGUUUCUAAAAAUUCUGUAGGGAACAAAACUCAGGCUUCCGCUCUGAGGCUGAAGGUAUAAAACCAGAGGAUUCCAGGGGGCAUUUUGGGGAGCAGACUCCCCUCUGUCCAGGGCGCACCGUGCCGGCUGCGUACCGGAGGCCGGGGGAGAGUGGCCUUCGGGGCUGCUGGGCCUCGCCUCUGAGGUGGCCUGAGAAGGCCACCUGCACGUGACCCUCGCCCCCACGUGUCUCUCCCUGGAGCUGUCUCCUUCGUUUUUGUACUUUGCCUCCUUCCCAAAAGGUGACGAGUGGCUCGUGAUGGCAUGACACAGGGACACAGAGACCGCUAGAAUGGAGGGAGGGGAUUCACACACACGCCUUCCCCGAGGUUCCGCUUCGCGCAGUUGAGCAUUUCUUCGCAGCAAAUCGUGGCGGCUCACGUUUGCCUGGGGCUUCGUCGUCCACAGAUGGAUUUCGUUCCUUUGCUCUCCUCGCCAUCCUGUGGGGUUGACACGAUCCUUUUCCCCAUUUUCUUUCUUUUUUUAUUUUUAAAAUGUUUUUAU